AUCUCAUGUCUGUCUACACAUAUGAGCUUUCAUCCCAUCACAAUCACGAACCAAUUUCAUCCAACAGCCGAGUCGAGAUCAUCUCCUGUACGAGCGGCCGACACGCUGUUAAACAGUAGCUUCAGAAGGUCGAAGCCUCCAAUAGCCUGACUGCGAAAUUCUGCCACUAAUACGGCCCACAAGCCAGUCAACCCCGGUGUAUCAUGGCAGCGGGCCCGGUGACGUUUGUGACCCUGUCGGUCUUCUCGGCAGAGAAGUUCCAAGGCAAUCCGCUUGCGAUUGUCUCGGUCCGUGGAAAUGGCUUACCCCAGGCACGCAAGUCUCUUAUUGCAAAAGAAUUUGGCUAUUCUGAGACUGUCUUCCUACAUGAUGCACCAGGUCCAGGCCAACCUCGACUCUGCGAAAUUUUCACCGAAACAGGGGAAGAACUGCCGUUUGCGGGUCAUCCGGUUAUUGGAGUUGCUCACUAUAUAUUUUCUUUCCUGGAGAAGGCAAGCGUUCGACCCGAUGAUCGCGAUAGCCAACGUCAAACCGCCAUUCUCCAGACAAAAGCGGGCAAGAUCCCUAUAUUCUAUAACACUUACCGUUCCGUGGCGGCUUGCGCUGUCCCAUUUCAGUUUCACAGUCACAGCUAUCGGGUGCCGUUCAAUGACAUCAUCGCCACUCAACCACACCUCCAAAUCGCUCCGUCGGUGGAAAGAGAAAGCGGGAAAUCGUUUCCGGUUGUCUCAAUCGUCAAAGGAAUGACCUUUACACUUGUCGACCUUACAGGUAGCCCGGAAUUGUUUGCCGAUCUGAAGGCAGCACAGGCUCCAGAGGUCGCGCUAGAUCAACCGUGGAGUCCUAGUUUCGUGGGAUGCUUGUACUACAAGAUUCUCGGUCGUGCUGAAAAGGAAGGAGAGCCUACCAUCCACAACAUUCAAGCACGUAUGAUCUCCCAGGGCCGGGAGGAUCCUGGCACGGGCAGCGCUUGUUGUGCUCUGUCUUGCUACCUGGCAUUGCAACACCAAGAGUCGGCAUCGACUGAGAAUGAGGGCAAAGAGGACGGGGAGGUCACGAGUGACGCCAUUUCAAGUGCACGGGAUGCGACAACGGUCGAGGGCAUUGCCGAUGGUGCGAGUAAGAUGUCACUGGAACACAAGACGGAGCGCGUGGUCUUUGGCAUCCAGCAAGGGAUUGAGUUGGGCCGUGUUUGCACAAUCGCCGUCGAGGUCGAUGUCAAGACGGACGCAGCAGGUGUCAGACAUGUGGCCAAUAUUGUUUUAUCCGGUAGAGGGGUCAUGUUUGCGCGUGGCGAACUGUUCGGCUCAUGACAGACCGCAGGGCGAUCCAACAAGAGAGGGCGGCUGGAAAGGCACAAGAGAAGCCAGCAUCUCCAUAACGACGGUUCUCUGCCAGAGACGUCGAUAAGGUAAUUGGUGUGGAAAUAUGCAUCCAGACUGGAAGUCGACAUGGUUGGGCAGGGUUGGAGACGUUCCGAGAGACAAUAAUGUCCUGGGGUUGUAAUCGAGUGAGGGAGCCUGUUGCGUACACGGGUUGAUGUGCAGUUGGUUGGCACGGUCGAUCCUUGCAAGGCGCAGUAGCGCCCGGAGAUAGAGUAGGCGGCACACGCGGUGUUGUGCUGCUACAUGUAAGUUGUCGCAGGAAGUGCAGAUCAGGUACCACAAUGUGACCACCAGCACAAGUUUGAGAAA